AUGAAAGGGUCCCUGGGGUAAAUUAUUAUUUGGGGGCUCUAAUUUCCGAGAUUCCCCUCCUCUUUUUCUCUACCUUUGUCGCUCCUUUGACCGUGUUGAACCACUUUCGUUAAUAAAUAAUACAACAUGCGCGUUCAGUCUUUCGCUCUCCUAGUCGGCGCGACCGCCGCCGUCGCCGCUGAGACCGUCACUCUCUUCCUGCCUGGAUUCGACGAGCAGAAAAUCGACGGCAAGGUCAUUGGCUCUAGCGGCUCAAUGACCAGUUAUGCUAUCAACUGCGCCCCGGGCACAGAGUCUGACGACUGUGGUCUCCCACCCAACGGCAUGACCGUCAUCCAGGGCUCCUCGAGCGUCAUUCUUUCCUAUGACAUGUCCUCCAUGAUCAUAUCUGAGAACUGCAAGUUCGAUUCCUCAACGGCCAGUUGCUCCGCUAGCGUGAACGAGGGCGGACUUACCACUACAUGGGCAUCUGUUAUCCCUAUUACCUCAAUCCCCGGCGGCGCUCUGAUGGCUGUUACUGUCACCGCUACUGAGACCGGUGCUUCCGCUACUACCGGUGCUUCGGUCUCAGCUUCUACUGCCGUUUCUACUGGCUCAUCUAGUUUGACUACCUCUGCUUCUACGUCUGGAAGCACCGCUACCGGUACUAACACUGCCGGUUCUUCCGAUAGCAGCAGCGCUGCUGCUACCAGCCACUCUGGAACUGGUAAUGCCGCUAUGCCUAUGGUUACUGGCAACGCGCGCUGGGCUGCUGGCGGUGUUGCUGCUGCCUUGGCCCUCGCUGCUAUCUGAUAAAUUGGAUAUACUUCCGCAUUUGGUGCCGCCACUGUUCAUGCCGAUGUGCCAUGUUGAUAUCUAAUUUAGCUUGUAUAAUAUAAUAUAAAAUACACCUGAUGAUCUUGGUCUGCGUGAAUCUGUUCAUAAUCUAUUUCUGGCGAUGAGGUAUGUAGUUCGGGUUUACAUCGCAUUAAUCCGACCUUGAAUGUAUGU